CACCUUCAGGCCUCGAAAAGAUAGACGAAGUAGGACUGUUGAUUCUGCUGCCACCCCGUGAGUUUGACUGACAGGCAUCCCUCCGCCAUUGCUGCCGCCGUCUGUUGGAAGAUCCGCUACUACCAAAACUUAGCGAAUAGCCAUCGACAAAAAAUAGAACUCUGACAGUUUCACAUCGGAAAAGAGAGCCGUUUCUGCCUGAUUGACAGAAAAAUCUGAAGACAUAGCUUUGCUAUCGAGACAAACAUCUACUAAUAAGGAGCUCCUCGCACAAAGGGAAUCAUCUGCAAUUGUUGCUUUGCAUCCCCUAGUUUGUCUGAUCAAAGUUUUACAGCGCUUCCCCAUAUUUUUCAAGCGCUAAUUUUUUAUCCAUCAUCAUAGGCAGCGCCAUACUUGCCUCAGAACCGGUCUGAAGUUUCUAGCUAGUUUGUAGAUACCGUCCAUAUAGUUUGGACCAUCUAGCUUUAACCCUGCCGUUCUUUGUUCUACGUUAAAUUUCCAUCGUUUAGCCGUCGUGAAUAAUAGAAUUAGCUAUUUAGCCAAUUUGGCAUUUUGAACAAUUUGAGAAAUUUGUCAAUUCUGCACCACACCCAAAAAUUUGCUCAAUAUUGUUGAUUAAAGCUGAUUUAAGCUGAAUACGUUACACUUUCACAGCCAUGAGUAAAAAGUCACUGGAUCCACCAGUCAAAAAGAAUGCCUUUGUGCACAAGCUCUAUCUGAUGCUUAACGAUCCUAAGCUCACCCACUUGAUCUGGUGGUCUGAGAACAACGCCAAUCUGUUUGCGCUUUAUCCGGGCAAGGAGUUUGCAAACUCGCUUACCCGUUACUUCAAACACGGGAACGUGGCGUCGUUUGUUCGUCAGCUCCACAUGUAUGGAUUCCAUAAAGUAUCUGAUCCUACCCAAUCCUCCACCUCUAUAGCUUCAUCUGGUGAAAACGCUGACGCAGAUUCAGACCAGCCUCCUCCCGUGUGGGAGUUCAAGCAUCUGAGCGGGAAGUUUAAAAAGGGUGAAGAAGCACUGCUUAUUUACAUCAAAAGAAGACCUUCUUCGAAUAGCUCACGAAAUAGCAACUUUAACGGAGUUCCCAACCAUCCCCACCCUCAGCACAUGCACCCGCACCAUCUUCAUCAUCAGAUGGUUCAUCCUCAUCUUCAUACUGGUCAUAUCCAUCCUGGAAUUCCCCACGAGUCUUACUCCAUUCAAGGUCAAAUACAAGGUCCCUACGAUUCUCCUUAUGCUACUCUACCUGCUGGUACUCCCAUGGUUCAUGGAAGUCCCAUGGUAGCCUACUCUGGACAGUUCUAUCCUCGUCCAGGUGGGCUUCCUCUUCCUCAGCCCAAACUGCUCCAAGAACAGAACCAACCACUUUCGGCGCCACCGCAGCCAGUUUUCAUGUCGCAGUCGUAUCCCCAUCCUGUUCACUAUGGAUAUAGCUAUGCUGAACGCCAAAACAAUCCUCUGUUUAGACACUCCGAAAGUUCUGCCACGUACUCUGUAGCGCAUGAUGAGUCACAUUCGUCUCCUUCUGUGGUCUCUAGGCACCAGCUGGACCCCAACGUCCGUCCUGCUCUCGCCAAAAUUGGUUCAGGCUCGAUUCCCGUCCAGGCUCAGCAUUAUGCUCCCAACUUGCAGUUCAGAAAGAUCUGGGAAACCAACCCUACCAACCAACCAACCACUGCUAUAACCGCCCAAAACGGCACAUCUUCUCCUUCAGCAUCUACUCCAGUCUUGGACAAUAGACCUCGUAACCCUUCGCUUCUUUACGAUCCCUUAGUCCCUGUAUCGCCUCCUACUGACCAUCACAGAUCGCCAUCAUACUUACCGCUUUCUCGAAACAACUCCAACACCGCGAGUUUCCUGAGGGACUCUGUGGACUCUAGACUGUCGAUCAAGCUUCCACCGCCCUCUUCGUUGCAUUCGGUUUCGGGUUCUGUGUCAAAUUCUGUGUCGGUAUCAAAAUACCCACAGUCACCAGAACCACCAAGACAACAGCUGCCAGCACCAGCACCUCUACCAUUUCACCAGCAUCUUCCUCGUAGCAUACCGUCCAACUUCGAAGCCUCUCCUCAGCAGGUGUCAGUUCCCCAGCAGCAUUCAUCGCUUCCCGGCUCUCCUGUUGUUGCCAACGGAGUCAAGAAGCCUUCGCUUAUACCUGUGAGCAAUGGAAUCCAUGAACGCUUGAGACCUUCUCUUCUUGAGCUUCAUUUUGGUUCUUCGAACGGCUCAAACUCAGCCAAGGGAUCAUCUUCUUCUGCACCAAGACACCCUCAGGAUUCAAUAGGAUCGUCAACGUCGUCGCACAAUUCGGUAUUCCUGACGCAGCUGCUGUUACUGUCUGUAUCUUCUUCUGUUGUACAGCGUGCUUCGUCGUUCGGCUCGAUUUCUCACAACCCGCUCAUUCACAAGAACUCUUUCUCCAUCAGUCCUCACGACACUCCACCCAUCUCUAGCUCAGGCGCAGUUGAAGCUUCUGUCUCUAGCUACAAUGCGACAGCCCUGAGCGACCACCGCUCUUCUACAAGUCUGCCAUUGUCGAAGUCUGUAGAAGAUGUUAACAAAAAGGUCUCUGUAAGGUCACUUUUGGGUGAUUCUUCAGCAACCUCGGUAGCCAGCGAGUCUGAAGACUCCGAGAGCAAAAGACGCCGUUUGAGAUGAUUGCCCAAUGUUUGAGGUGAUCGCUCUCUGUUUAACUAAAACCCUCAACCCUCAAAAAGUCCCUGCAAUACGUCACCUCCAAAAUGCACUUUCCGUUCACUUCUACUGAAUAUUCUUGUAACUCAACUUCAUAUCCAAGGCUCAAGUGAGUGACUUACUUCAGGUUUAUUUCUUCUCUUGAUGCCCUUCGGGUGCAUCCUGUUUUAUAACGAGGCACUCUGCUGUUGCCGAAGAAAGGUUGGAAUAGCCCACCCUGCCGUUUCUCUCCUCUGUAUUAUUAGACAACAUUCACGGCUAUCUUCUCUUUUUGUCACAUAAUAGUUGAAUAUUCCUGCUGGUAAAUCUUGGUUGAUACUCUAUUAGUACAUCAAAAACAUAAGUGCUACGGUAAUUGAUUGACUAUGAUUUCUGCGAAACCUCUAGUUAGUCUACAUAUCCCGGUUAAUGAAAACAUUAAUACACUACAACUGAAUG